AUGGAGACCCUUCUCUCUCCUCGUUCUCUGUCUCCUCCUCUCAAUCCCAAGCCAUCAUCACCUCACCAAACAAAAUUCCCUUCACAUUCCUUGUCUCUCUCGAAUCCCAGCUUCCCCGGUCCUAAACACCUUUCAACUCGGUUCGCUAAACCGGAAUCUUGGUUAACAGAUGCGAAGCAAGGACUAGCUGCUCUGGCUCUGUCUCUGGCACUCAGUUUCUCUCCUGUUGGCACAGCCUUAGCCUCUGAGUUCAAUAUUCUCAACGAUGGUCCACCAAAAGAGACUUACGUGGUCGACGACGCUGGUGUUCUGAGUCGAGUCACAAAGUCAGAUCUGAAGAAGCUCUUGUCUGAUCUUGAAUACCGAAAGAAACUGCGACUGAAUUUCAUCACUGUUCGAAAGCUCACUAGUAAAGCAGAUGCGUUUGAGUACGCAGACCAGGUUUUGGAGAAAUGGUACCCUUCCAUUGAAGAAGGCAACAAUAAGGGUAUUGUUGUUUUGAUCACAAGCCAGAAAGAGGGAGCCAUUACUGGUGGUCCAGCUUUUAUCGAAGCCGUUGGUGAAAAAAUUCUCGAUGCUACCGUCUCUGAAAAUCUUCCCGUACUAGCGACUGACGAAAAAUAUAAUGAGGCGAUAUACAGCAGUGCGAAACGGUUGGUUGCAGCAAUAGACGGCCUCCCUGAUCCCGGCGGUCCAGCAGUGAAGGACAGUAAGAGAGAAUCAAAUUUCAAAACGAAAGAAGAAACGGAAGAGAAGCGAGGACAGUUCAGCCUUGUCGUUGGGGGUUUGCUUGUGAUUGCUUUUGUUGUUCCCAUGGCACAGUACUAUGCUUAUGUCUCCAGGAAGUAG